CCUCUCUCUCUCUCUCUCUCUCUUUAUUUUCUUUGUUUUCCAUAUAAAUAUCUCCAUGAAACACUCGACCGUAAUUGUCGCACACCGUCGACGUGUAAUAACCGAACGUAACGGGGCUCGGUUUGAUUCCUGUCGCCCGGUAAUACACUGUACCGGAAGCCACAUGAUUUUUUUUUUGCCACAUUAAAACGGGAGACACCUUUUUUUUCUUUUCUUUUCUUUCUUUUUUUUCCCCCCCGGGAUGUUAAAUCUGAUCGUCGGGACAGUUUUUUUUAAAAAUUAUUAUUCAUAAGCACUCCUUCACCGUCUCGCCGUUGUCCUAAAGCAGACAGUCUCACCGUGUGCGCGAGCUCAGACUCCAGAGCGGAAACAGACGAUCGCGACCGUGUUGAAACUCUCCCACCUCUCCGUUUACAAGAGGAAGUGCCAACGCCGAACUCGGAUCAGUACCCCGUCGUCGGGUUUCACUGCUUAAAUCAAACUGCAUGCUGGGACGGCGCAAAUGUUGAGCUGGACCCUCCUGAGCAGACCGCCUCUGUUCAUUUUUGUCCCUGUGUGGUUCCAGCCGGCUGGUUCACCAAUGCCUCGAUGGAAAACCUUCUUCAGUCAGUACUUGCGAUGGUCCAACACCGUCACUCAAGCCCUCGUCCUGGCCGUCGUCACGUUCUGCGUCGUUCUGCCUCUGUGUAGCCAUCGGCUGCUUUACUCGUACUUCUUCAUCAAGUCCAUGUACCUGGACUCCAUGAGCGAGGAGGUCCUACGGGAGAGCCUUGACCGGGGCCAGGACGCCCUCCGCUUCUGGCAGAGCGCCUCUACCGCGUCGGCGUUGUCUUCCAGAUUCGCCGACGUCGCCCAGCAUCCUGAGCUGCUGGUUGUCGUGGUGACGGCCAGGCGCAACGAAGGGCGGGACUUCCACUACCUGCUCCAGGUGAUGAGUCAGCUGAGCGGCGCCCUGGGAGGCUGCGGGGAGCGGCGGUGCGCGGAGGUUUUGGUCUGCGACGUGGAAAGCGGUUCGCAGGAAAACCAGGACGCCAAGCUGCUGGAGGAUCACUUCAGGGUGAUCCGGCCCUCGCCUCGGGAGCAGCAGCAGAGGAACAGGGAACGAGUCAACAUCUUCGAGCAGGAGAAGAGGGAUUACGUCUUUUGCAUCCGCAAGGGAUGGGAGCUGGUGAAGCCCAAAAACAUGGUGGUCCUGGAGGACGAUGCUUUGCCGAAGCAGGACUUCUUCAAAGUCGUGAAGGACCUCCUGUCGCGGCGGUUCUCCCUCCGGACUCUCUACAUAAAGCUGUAUCACCCCGAAAGGCUGCAGCGCUACUGGAACCCAGAGCCUUACCGCAUCCUGGAGUGGGUGGGACUCGGGCUGGUCGCAGCGACGGCCCUCCUGCUCACCUUUCCUCACUGGAACCCUUGCUCUUUCUCCUUCACGCUGUCGGCCGGCCACCUCCUCUUCUUCACCGUCUACUUCAUGGCGGCCUCGGAGCUGCUGGGGCGGCACUACCUCCUGGAGGUGCGGAGACUUUCCCCGCAGCUCUACGCCGUCUCCCCGGCCACGGAGUGCUGCACCCCCGCCAUGCUCUUCCCCGGCAACUCCUCGCUCAGGGUGGCCGAGUAUCUGGACGGCUCCUUCUGCGUCCAGGGGAACGCCAAAGACAUGGUUCUGUAUCAGAUGGCGAGGACGAUACCCGGGGAGAGGUCUCACAGUGUGGAACCCAACCUCAUCACCCACAUCGGGGCCUAUUCCUCAGUCAGAGCCAACCCAUCCAGGCCCAAACUCCUCUGACAGUGAGGUAACUCUGCUCAACCAAGGCUGGAUUAAAUUAGGUUCCCCCUCACUUGGUUCCACUUUACUUUUCUAUCACGUCACAUGCUGGAGUCUUCCGACGGUUGAAGACAUCACUCAGAUUGUUGGUUUCGUGAUAAGACAUCAAUAUUAGGGAUGUACCAAUCUGACCUUUUUCAGUACCGAUACGGUUAGCGAUACCUGGGUUUUGGGUAUCGGCCAAUAACGAGAACCGAUCUGAUACCAGUGUUCAAUUAAUAAGCUGUAUGCCUCACUGUGUGGAAAUGACUGGGACCAUUCUUUUAUGUUUAAAUCAGGCUUAACUUAAACAUUGCUUUCCUAUUUUUUGUAAAACUAAAUGUUACAAAUAUAUAAAUAGGGAUAAAUGUGCUGAAUUCUUAUUUAUUAUAAAAAAUAAUCGAGAUCUUUAAAAUUUAAUGCAGCAUCAAAUAAGUCAAAACUUAAAUGGGAAUUAAAACAGAAUCAUAUAAUAUAGUAUUUAGACUAUGUAAAAACGAUGCAUUUGAAUAUAUUGGCCCCAUUGUGACCGAUACCCGGUCCAGCUAUUUGAGUAUCAGCCCGUUACCUGUACCGGUGCAUCCCUAAUGAAGAUGAAAGCAAGGCUACAUUUGGUUGAAAGAUAUUUUUGGAUGGUUUGAAAAUGUAUUAGUUGUGUUUUUCAGUUUUCCGUCUCCCGGAUGUCUGACUAACGCUUUUAUUUUAAUCAAUACAGCUUCAUUUUACUAAUUACGCGCGUGUAACGUAUUUGUAGCAGGAAGUUUGUUUACCCUCGAAAAAAAUUAUCCGAUGAGUUACAGACGUCGUUUUCCGAAUGAAACUCUACGGGGAACGUGUUCCACCGUUUGGCCACUAUUUAGGAUUCUUCUUCAAAGCCCAGUGCUCUUCCUGGGGGCUUGGCUCUCGUUAGCUAGCUAAUAAAGCUUGUCGUAGCUUUUAAAAAAAUGUUUUCUACUUAAGGACUCGUUUUUUUUAAAAGGUCUUUGAAAAGCACAUUAGAUUCAUGCAUUAUUAUUUGUUAUAAGGAGUGCUGGACGGUGUGGAAUAAAAUCCACAAAUCUAAGAAAAUUCAGGAUUGCGCUGCUAAGUGUUAGCAUAGCGUUUCGUUAACAGAAGAUUUAUUACAAUGCCGGUUUAGUAAAUAUCAACACUGACCAAUCUGUAUCACUGAAUGUGCCUUUCAUGUUUUUGGCUCUGACCAGUUGUAGAGGUUUCACUCCAUAACAGAAUAUUACCCACGAUUCAGCUCUGGAGGAAAUGACUCUAAAGUUGAUCAGUUGCAAUAUUUAUAUGCCUUUUUAAUGUGUACAUACUCAAAUAAAAUCAUGAAAUUAAUUGAACCUUGUAAAAAUUACAGGAACUAGCUGCCAACGUAAAACUGAAUAGGCCAAUGAGAGUACUCCAGUCUGCCAUUAAUUAAAUUAAAUUGCACCAGGAGCUCAAACUGGUUUCAUCCGCCUGAGAGUUUAAUUCUCAAAAUGAAAUGUUAGCCAUAUGAUAAAUGAGCAUGUCAAAUUAAAUUAGAAAAUAAAUAGUUAUAUUAUUUUUUUAGAAUAAAUAUAGAAAUAUAAAGUAAAUUAAUCUCAAGAAAAAUAUUUGUUGAAAAAGGCCUUACUUACAGUUCAUAUUUUGAUGAAAAUAUUCAGAUAAAUGAUCAGAGUAACUGCAUUUGAGCAUGUUAUUUAACGUUUAACAGUUUGCGGUUUCUUUUUCUGCAGAAGUUAUAUAAUGUACUGCUUAUUUGUAUUGAAAGUUGACAGCAUUAAUAUCUAAAAUGAAAACCAAUUUAAUUGAUUUGUUUGAUUGAAGCUUGAUUGUGGUUUUCUGUCCUUCAUUCACGAAACAUUUGACUUGAGUUUUGAAUGUUUUUCUCUUCAUUUUGUUUGAUGUUUGAUGUGAGAAUUCAUUUUAUUUCUUUUUUUGUUUGCCAUUUUUUCCAAGUCAAAUUAUUUUCCAAAAUUAGCCGACCAAAGAUUGAUUCAGAAUACGUCAUAUAUAUAAAUAAUAACAUUUCAAAAAGAAAUAAGAUGAAACAUGUCUGCCCUCUAAACCUGAAGGAUGAUGAUGCAAAUUAGAUCUUAUUUUCUGUUUUUGAGAUUACAUUUUGAUUUUGAUUUUAAUCUGUUUACACUGAGACUCUUUCACUGUUUGCUACAUUAAAAAAAAAAACAUAAAUCACUAUGUUUGAAGUCACUUGUCGUCGGGAAGUUUGUAUUCAUGCAGCGACGUCUGCUUGUCAACCAACCAGGAAGCAGGAGUGAAAAAACUAUGUUUGGUUCGACAGGUGACGCACUUUAUUGGUUUAACCACAUAAACAUCUCAUACAUGGGGGAAAAAAGGCUUCAAAUAUAUGUGGUCUCUGUCCAGCUGCUGCCAUUUACACUACACAUGGGGACAUUUAAGAACUGAACCCUGAUCAGAUCCUGCAGUUCGAGCAUGCAAAGGAUCCCCUCUCUCAAGCUGUCUGGCCUCAUACCGACGCUCCAUCCCUCCAACUGUGUUUCACAUCACAUACUCUCUCUUUUUUUUUUUACCUUUGAUACACUCUGCAGCUUCCCUGUCAAAGAAAGUACUGGUGCAUGCAGUGUGCAUUCAAUUGGAAGUUACUACUUCACAAUGCACCUUGGACUUUGACCCUCUCGCUCCAAUGUAAUAUAAUUGGGUGUGGGAACAGACCGAAAAAGCAAGCUGGUGCUCGCCUUACUGCAACAUGCGACCGCAUGCAGGACAACACACUGGUAUUUUUUUUGGCAUACUGUAUUUUACAUUCUGUGUAUUGGGACAUACUAAAUAUGUUGCUGAAUAGGUUCAUAGUAUGGGGAUCUGAACACACGGACCGAAUAUGAUGUGCAAGUUUCCUUUUUAUGGCUGCUUUUAUAACAGCUUUUAUCACAGUUUUUAUUACAGUUUUUAUAACAGCUUUUUUUAGCGGCUUUCGCGGUUAAUGGUUUAUUUGCUGCACUGAAUCAUUUUCAGUUUCGGUGAAGAUUCUUUCUAGCUUGAACAUAGUCAUUUUGUUACAAGUAAAAUUGCGUCGUCAUCCUUUUUCUUCUGUCGGAUGAACCAGUUGAACAAUCCCAUAAUAAUAAUGAAUUCUUCCGUCCUAACAGACAAACCAUUGAGUUGGUAACAGACCUGGAAUCAGACUGUCCGGAGGCAUUAUUUACGACUGCAAAGUAGUGCCAUAUUGAGUUAAAGAGAAUACAAUUACCGGAGGAAAAACUAAAUGUAAGUUUUUCGUGAGAUUUACAAUACUUUUUUUUUUUUUUUUUUACUUAUUUGCAAGAUCACAAAGCCAUGAAUUUAUGAGAAAGGUUUCUGGAUCAAUAGUGCAGUUGAAAACCGAGUAAUGCCAGCUGCUCCUAAGUGUUAUU